AUGGUGACUUUUCUGGAAAAAAAUUUAUUUCACUCCAUUUUCCUUUUUUUUUUUCUCCAGUUCCUCCCUUGUCCUUUUCUUUUUCUUUUAGCCAUUCUCUUCUUAAACUGCCUUCUAUUCUUCUUCUCUCUCUUUCCUUCUGCUUUCUUAUUCUCUCCCUCUCUUUCCUCCUCCUUUCUUACUCUCUUAAUAAAACACCUCCGAUUUUUCUGUUUUUAUUCCUCUUCUGUAUUCUAUACGACUUAUUAUCUUACAUUUUCCUUCUCUCUCCUUCCUUCUCAUCUUUCUGUCUCUUUUCGAUUCUUUUCUCUCUCUCUCUCUCUCUCUCUCUCUCUCUCUCUCUCUCUCACUCUUCUUCUUUUCUCUCCCUUCUGCUUCUUUUUUCUUCUUCCGUGUCUUUUUCUCUCUCCACUCCCAGUUCUUUUCUUUCUCCUUCGGCUUCUUUUAAGUCUCUCUCUUUCUCCUUCGCCUUUCUUAUGCUCUCUCUUUCUUUCUCAUUUUUUUACUCUCUCUUUUUCUUUCUCCUUUCUAACUCUCCCUAUUUCCUUCUCUUUUUACACUCUCUUUCCUUCUCUUUUCUUUCACCUUUUUACUCUUUUUGCUUCGCCUUUCUUACUCUCACUCUUUCUCCUUUCUUACUCUCUCAUUCUCCUCUACCUUUCUUACACUUUCUUUCUUUCUUUCUUUCUUUCUUUCUUUCUUUCUUUCUCCUCCCCCUUUCUUGCUCUCUUUCUCCUCCCUUUUUCUGAUUCUCCCCCUUUCUUACUCUGUCUCACUUUCUCCUCCUCCUUUUUACCCUCUCUCUUUCUCCUUUCUUAUUCUCUCUCUCUCUCUCUCCGCCUUUCUUACUCUUUCUCUUUCCUCCUCCUUUUUACUCUCCCACCUUCUCCUUUCUUACUCUGUUUCUCUUCAUUCACUUUACUUAGUCUUUCUCUUUCCUUCUCCAUUCUUUCUUUCUUUCUCUCAUUCUCCUUUCUUACUCACUCUCCUCCCUUCUCCUUUCUUGCUCUAUCUUUCCGCCUCUCUUUUAUUACUGUCUCCUCGCUUCUCCUUUCUUACUCUUUCUUUCCUUCUCCUUUAUUAUUCUCUCUUUGUUCUUAUAAUUCUUAUUCUAUCUCCCUUUCUCUACAUUCUUCCUUCUCUCUCUCUCUAUCUCUCUCUCUCUUUAUUCUUACUCUUUCCCUGUCCGUUUUUGUUCUGUAUCUCUGCUCUUCACCCUUUUAUCGCACCUCUAUCCCUCCUCUCUUUUUAUGUUUUACUCCUCCUCUCCAUUUCACUCUCAAUUUCUGUCCUUUUCUCUCUCUCUCUCUCUCUUUGUCUUCCCUUUCUUUCAACCCACGCCACUUCCAUAUCCUCCCCUUUUCUUUCUUGUUCUCGAUCAUUUCGCAUGAUAUUUUCCUUCUUUAUCUCUACAUAUACGUUGCCUCUCUUUGGCCCCAUUUCUCAGUUUCCACCAGACAGUUCCCGUUAUCUGUCCUCCCCCCUCCUCCUUAUGCCCCUGACUUCUUUAUAUGCACUGAUGAUGUGCACUACGGUGCAAUUCGUUCUCUGUGUCUUUCUCAUUCAGAAAUGCCUGCUUCGCUAAUUGUGCCUACACCAUCUUUGUCUGUUUAUUUUAUUUAUUUUUGUGAUGUUUCUUUCUCUCUUCUAUCCCAGAAAAGGUAUAUCUGCAUUUUUCUUCUUCUCUCUCCUUUUCUCUUUCUCCCUCCCUUUCUCUUUCUCCUUUUUUCUCUCUCUCUCCUUAUUUUUCCCUUUUUCUCUCAUGCUAUUUCUCCUCUUUCUAUCACUUUCUCUCUCACUCUUUCUCCUUUUUUUUCUCUCUCUCUCUUUCUUCCUCUUUUUCUCUCUCUUUCUCUUUUUUCUUUUUCUCUCUUUCCUCCUUUUCUCUUUCUUUCCCAUUUUCUCUUUCCAGCUCUCUUCCUAUCUAUCUUUUCAUACAUUAUUCUCUCUCUUUUUACCCUUCAUUCUUGCUCUCUCUUUUUCCGCCCCCUUGAUCUCCAUACUUACUCUCUUUUUCACUUUCUUUUAAUAUCUACUCUCUUUCCUUUUUAUACUUUAUUCUUUUACCCUAUGCUGUCUCUCUUCAUUUUCUUUCCCUCUUUGAUCCUUACUCUCUGCUUUCUCCCCUUCCCCUUCACCUCUUCUUUUUACUUUCUCCGUUUACUAGAUACUCACUCUCUCAUUUCCUCGCUUUUCUCUCGGCACUUCCAUUUCCCCCCGCCAGAAUCAUAUAAGCCUUCUUUAUACAACUCUUUGCCACAUUGCAAGCCAUUGAGGAACAUUUUCUUCCUUUAUUUCUUUCUUUUCCAUUGUUUCAUUAAUUUAUUCUUCUUUUCAUAUCUGGGUAUUUUCAUACGUUUUUUUUUUUUUUUACCUUUCAUCAAUCUCUGUUCCUCUCUCUGGCUUGAGUUCGUCUCUUCAUUCUCUUUUUUUUUUCAUCUGUUUCUUCAUUUCGUUCUCCAAUUUUCUUUUCUCUUAUUCCUUUCUUUGUUUACUUCCCUUCUUUUUCUUUUUUUCUUUUUCAUCGCCUACGUCGGCCUCCCUUUUCGCUUUUCCGAUCAUCUUUAG